AUGCAAUUGUUUCACCGAAACAAAAACGCUGGAGGUAGUGUAGCAAGAACUUCUUCUUCAUCAUCCUCAUCUGCUACGGCCGCAAGGGCUGCUGUUGUCGGACUGACAGCGAACAAUACAGGCGUUUCACCAGUGAUCUGCGGGGCGAGUAGUUUUUGUGUUGUGAAUGAAGAUCGUGCUGCUCCGAAUGUGGCGUCUGCGCUGCAGGAGGAGAGUAGAGGCGGGAUUGUUCUUGAUCAUCUCGUUGUAGACGUUGUGCCAGAUAAUGAUAAAGAAGACACUCAUGCAGUAAAAAACGAGCCGCACCACAACUGCGAGGAGAUCACCAUAAACGACCCAGGUUUAAGAACAGCUUCAUUCCUUGGCAAAUCGUCAACCGUCGAAAUAAACAGUAAACCGCAGCUCCUCCUCCUCCCAGGUGGAGCACAACUACAACAGACGAAAGAGAACAAUAAGAUUGCCACGAAACUUCUGCGUGCCGGCCCGCAACAAGCCUCUGCCGCGCUGGGCCGCAUGUUUCUCCGCAGGAAGUACGAGAAAUUGCAUCAAGACGGUAGAAAUGAUGGAUGCUCUGUCGUACUACCGGCAGACGACGGGGCAAGUAGUCCCGAUGUUCUUGUCACAGAACCAGCAUCAGAAAAGCAAAAUACAAAAGCCAUAACCACGAUCGCCUCGUCCUCGUCGAAAAAACAGCGUGUGGUCCCCGAUCUGCGUUUACCGAAGCCGCGCAAAGUGUUCCUAGAGGACGUGGAUCCAGAGUUCGCGGCGACGCCAGCGAGCUCGAGCCGCUCGUUGAGCAAGGUAUCAAAUGUAAAAAUGUCUGGGUCUGGAAACUUGUGAUGCUGGGUGGCGUAUCAUCAGGAGGCCACAAGUGCUGUCUCAGCAUGACAAGUUUCUGAGCUUCUAGGUGUUGCCUAUUCUGCAUGACAGACUGCGUUUCUGCAUGACAGAAAAGUGGCGCUCUUGGGUAACGUGCAUGACAGCUUUGAGAGUCAUGCCAGACAAGCAUGACAAACAUACACUCUUCCAGACCCAGACACUUUUACACUUGAUACAUGGCGAGACUCGGCAAUAAAUUCAACGACUUCAAGAACUUGAUCUCGGAAAAGACACUGAAUGUGAGGAGCACAACUCUGGUGGUAAACAAGGCGAAAGAAAUCGCUGCGAGAAUACACGUGGGAAGAAGCGGUGGAGGUGGGCAGCAUCUCUUGUUGAAUUCGAAAAAAAAAGACGCAGAGGAGCAGGCACGACGAGAGCACGGCGGUGGACGGAAAAAGGCAUACGCCAUUCUAGAACAUCCUCGGAUGACCGAAGUGCGCCAACAAGACUACUCCGUGCUUUCGGGGGAGGAUCCUCCUGAUAGGGAACCGCACGACGAUUUUUGUUCUAGCACCAAACUGCAGUACCGGUACAACGGAAUAAGCGCGGUUUGUUCGAGAGGAAGAGAGAACGGCCUCGAAAAACAUAGUACUCAUUGCCAUUUUGACCGUGGUUCCAGCAGUGCAAUGCCUCCCGAUAUGAAAAAGCAGGCCCCUCGUCAAGAAAUAAACUCGCCGCGGCCUUCAGGAAAAAUAUUAAACACCGAGGACCCAGAAGCCGAAAAGAAUUUCACUCUUUCCCAAGCCUCCCGGACGCAAGAGUUUUGGGUUUUUGUCACGACGAACGGCGUUUCCGGGGGCUGUCUCGCGUGUAUUUUGAUUCACCUCGAUUCUAUCCUCUUCCCGUUUCGCGGGGAGCUUCUUACCUACUUUUACGCCACCAUGUCGGUCAAUGCUGGGUUGUCCGCGGUCUUUGUGUCCACCGCGUUAGACUACCAGAAGUUUUCCAUGCUGCAGAUCUGCGCGCAACACAAUUUUCUGAUGGUCUGCUGCUUCUUCGGCUUGGCGUUUUUGCUCAAAUUGUACUUUGAUCAAAUCGAGGAAGACAAUCUGGACUACUUGGUGGAGCAGGAGGAAAAUUUGUUCCCAGAAAAAGCCCAUGGCCGCGUUGAAGACAGUAAUAAUUUGCUGCAGCUCCGGGGGCUACUCACUAUGCGAUCACGUGAAGAGGACAUAACAAGAUCUACCAUCCGAGGGCGGGCGCUGUUUGCCGAGGCCAGUAGUUCGACAGCAAGUAAUAUUAAAAAGGAUUUCGGUUAUAAUUUGAACGCGAGAACGAUCGACCUCGAGGAACAGCACCACCACAUUCCCACCGACGUCAUUCUCGCGCACGCAGCCAGGACCUCCAAAGUCGGUUCUUUAUCGCCGGGUGCCAGCAGCUCAAUCGGCCGCGACGCCGGGGGAGGGGAAGAAGUGUUCAGUAAUAUGUCGCGGCCCGAGAACGCCAACAACAAGCCUGCGGACGCCCCCGCAUCGGAAUCUACUUCGACGACCUUUUUACUGAACAGUUUUCUCCUUUUUAUCGGCAUGAUUACUGGCUGGACGGCGGGCUACACCAUGGUGAUCCAGGCGUUCGCGUACGCAAACCAGUUCGGCUAUGGAAGCGUCAGGACCGAAAUCAACAAAAUCGAAAUAACUUGUGAUGCAUAAAAUCGAUACCAGUUGGAGCAUCAGUUUUCAAGUGGCGCAUAACAAAUUUCGGCAGGACGACCAAAAUCCAGUCCGUCAUGCUGUUUGGGCAAAGAACACUGCUCCUGUCAUGCUACUCGGGCAGCACAUCGCCUUCCCCCAAACAGGCCUGCAAUCGGUCUGCGUUGCCUCCUCCCCAACACAGGCCAUACGUGCCCUACAUUUUAUGCAUCACCAACUAUUUCGAUUUUAUUGAUUUCGAUCCUGACACUCCCAUACCGGCCGCAAGCAUUUGGGGAACAUCAGUUCCGUGGCGAAGUCCAUCAUGGUUGUAUCAAAAGGAAAAAUCCCCCCUCCCCAUAUCGAAAUGGAAAUCUGUGAUGCGGGACUUGUGUACACAAAUCGGCUUUGUCUUGCAGUAAAAGACUGCAGGCAGAUACAAAGCCGGAAUAGGGGCGUUUUGGUGUAGGCGCCUAGCAAGGCAGGCAUAUUCUCCGGAGGCCAUAAAGCAUUACAAAAUGCCUGCAGAGCGCGGCGGGGUUUUUGGAUUUGCCUUCUUGCAAUACAGAGACGAUUUGUGGUCUCAAAUCAGCAUCGCAAACUUUCGGAAGUAUCCCGUUUUGGUAUGGGGAGGGAAGAUCUUUCCUCGCAAUAGGUUGUGCACUCCGCGAUCUUUCCGACGCUGCUGUCCGUUUUGCAUUCGUAUUUCGAGAAGAACUAUAUCUACGCUCUGUCGUUUCUGAACUUGUACCCAAUUUUUGCUUUCGCUUUCGCCUUGUAUUGUGCCAUGAUGAAGGAAUAACUGAAGAACGGAACUACAACUGCUUUGGUUGCGCAUGUUAUCAACACCAGCGCGAAGAAAAUCAAAAUGAAUGGGAUGUUGAUUUAUCUAAAAAUCGUUCCUGUAAGGUGCUGUGUCUUGUAACUGCUACUGCAUGGUUGUUCUUUUUCUAGAUGCACGGUCCGUUGUUGCGCAGAAAAGAUAUCACUGGUGGUGCAAUGUGUCGCAGCACGAUAGUUGUAUGGAAACGAAUUUCAUGGUAGCUCAAGAUCUCUCGUCGCCCACGGUCGUCGUUGAAAACACGUUCUCUGGUGAUUAGUGCCACCUCUGUUCUAUUGCCAG